CAUGUGAUGCUGAGCCGAUUCCGGCUGAGUUAGACUAGUGCGGCUGUAUGUGCCGCUGUUGGGGACCUUCCUGGGGCUGGGUCCCCUGUACCCCAACCCCAUGGCUCCUUUUGAGUCUUGUGUGUGCAGCUCCAUUUGGCCUGCUGGGAGAAGAAACUCGACAGGUAUCCAUGGAGGUCAUUUCCGGCUGGCCAAAUGCCCCGAACCUGCUUCAUAUCCGGGCUGUGGGCACCAACUCCACCCUGCACUAUGUAUGGAGCACCCUGGGGCCUCCAGCUGUGGUGCUGGUAGCCACCAACACCACUCAGAGUGUCCUGAGUGUCAACUGGAGUCUCCUGCUGUCCCCUCAUCCUCAUGGGGGUCUGAUGGUGCUCCCCAAGGACAGCGUCCAGUUUUCUUCUGCUCUUGUCUUCACCAGGCUGCUUGAGUUUGACAGCACCAAGGUGUCCGAAGGGGCAUCGCAGCCCUCAGGAAAACCAUAUCCUCCGUACUCCUUGGCCGAGUUCUCCUGGAACAAUAUCACCAACUCAUUGGAUCUUGCCACCCUGAGUGCCAUUUUUCAAGGCCACCCUGUAGAUGAGUCUACUGGAGCAUUUGCCAAUGGCAGCCUGGCCUUCAAGGUCCAGGCCUUUUCUGGAUCUGGCCGACCUGCCCAGCCCCCUCGCCUCCUGCACACCGCAGAUGCCUGCCAGCUAGAAGUAUCCCUGGAUGGAGCUUCUCCUCGUGGAAACCACUCCCUAUUUGGCCUAGAGAUAGCCACUGUGGGUACUGGCCUUGACUGCCCCUCAGUGAAAGAGCUGCACUCCAUCGAUGAUGAGUAUGCACCUGUCUUCCAGGUGAGUCGGUUGUUGUGGGGCUCUCCACCAUCUGGCUUCAUGCAAUGGCGACCAGUGGCUUUCGCUCAGAAGCAGCAGAACCGGGAAUCAGCCCUCCCCUGCCAGGCUUCCUCUCUUCACGCUACCUUGGCUUAUUCCCUCCCUUCCUCACCAAUUGUCCAAGCCUUCUUUGGGUCCCAGAACUUCUGUGCCUUCAAUCUGACAUUCGGGGCUCCCACAGGCCCUGGCUACUGGGACCAACACUACCUCUCCUGGUCAAUGCUUCUGGGAAUGGGCUUCCCUCCAGUGGAAGCCUUAUCUCCACUAGUGCUCGGAAUCAUAGCAGUGGCCCUGGGAACUCCAGGGCUCAUAUUGCUGGGAGGAGGCCUGUUUCUGCUGCUGCGCUACAAGCAGCAUUCCGAGUACCAGUCCGUAAACUGAAACCUACUCUCCAGAGGGAAGGGCAGGACCACGUCUGCCUUGCUGUGCCUCAAACUGUUGGAGAGUAGAGGGUCAGUGUUGACCUGCUUUUCUGCAGACCCUCAGAAGCCAGCCUGGACUCCCUGGGUGAUUGUCCUUCCUACCCUAGGGAGAGGCUAGGGCUACAAAAGGAAGGUACACCACUGAUGUUUUCUCCUCUGUCGUUUGCUGCUCCCGUUUCCCUUGGAUAAAACUUGAAGGCUUACAAUGAGAGUGACUGCUUGGCUGCCCUACGGGGCAUGAAAUAGACAUUUUUUCCAUGAAA